AUGAGCUGCUUCGAGGAGGAGGGCGGCUGGAGCCUGUCCUUCAGCGGCGCGGCCUUCCUGGGCCUCUACCACGUGGGCGCGACCCACUGUCUGCAGGAGCGCGCCCCGCGCCUCCUCCAGGGCGCCCGCCGCAUCUACGGCUCCUCGGUGGGCGCGCUCAACGCCAUCUGCAUCAUUAUGGGAGAGUCCGUGGAGUUCUGCUGCGACCAGCUGCUGGGCCUGGCCAAGCAGGUGGAGCAGCUGAGCCUGGGCGUGUUCCACCCCGCCUUCUCGCCCAUCGAGCACAUCCGGCGGCAGCUGCAGACCUUCCUGCCCGGCGACAUCCACGUCCGGGCCUCCCGGCAGCUGGGCGUCUCCCUGACCCGCUGGCCCGACGGCCACAACGUCAUCAUCACGGACUUCGCCACCCGGGACGAGGUCAUCCAGGCCUUGAUCUGCACCCUGUACGUCCCUUUCUACUGUGGGGUGAUCCCCCCCGAGUUCAGAGGGGAGCGCUACUUCGACGGGGCUCUGAGCAACAACCUGCCCUUCGCGGACUGUCCCCGCACCAUCACCGUGUCGCCCUUCACCGGGACCGUGGACAUCUGCCCCCCGAGCACCUCGACCAACAUGCUUGAGCUGAACGCCUUCAACACCAGCCUCCAGAUCUCCGCCAGGAACUUACUCCUGGGGUUCAUCUGCCUCGUCGCGCCCAGCUCCGAGGUGUUGGCCCACUACUGCAGACAAGGCUACCUGGACGCCCUGAGGUUCCUGGAGAGACGCGGACUCACCCAGGAGCCGGUGCUGUGGACGCUGGUGUCAAAGGAGCCCCCGGCCCCAGCCCACGGGACCCGGGACACUGGCCAAGGCCAAGGCCGGAAGGCGGGCCUGUCGCUCAACUGGGCAGUGCCCAGCGUGCUGGUCAAGGACGUGCCCAACUUCGAGCAGCUGUCGCCGGAGCUGGAGGCCGCCCUGAAGAAAGCGUGCAGGAGGGACCCCAGGCCCUGGGCCCGCUUCUGCCAGUCGAGGCCCGGGAAGGUGCUGACCUACCUGCUGCUGCCCUGUACGCUGCCCUUUGAGUUCAUCUACUUCCGGGGCAGAAGGCUGGUCCUGUGGCUGCCGGACAUGCCGGCCGACCUGUGGUGGAUGCAGGGCGAGCUGAGGCGCAUGGCCCUCUGGGUGUGCUCCAGGAUGAGGGACCAGCUCCUCCAAAGGCUCAGCCUCCCUGUCGCCAGCCCGCUCCCACCGGAGCCAGCUCCUCCUGCGGACCCGGCCCAGAAGCCCACGCCCCUUGCCCAUCGGGCCUGAGGGGCACCAGGCUGGGCCUGCCCGUGACUGGCCUCUCCCGGUCUGUCGUGGCCCUUGUCCUGGUGCCCACGUCCAAUCCUGAGUGAGGCCUGGUUCUGACUCAACCUCCGGAGCUCAGCGGUUGAGUGACAUGGCCCCGGAGGACCGAGGGGCGGCCUCCCUUCUUCCUCUCAGGCUCCUGUCCUGGGUCAUGUGGGUGGGUGGCCCUCAGGAGCCAGAGGGGACCCGCCAGCCCCCUGGAGCCCCUGCUCCUCGGACCCGGCUCCCUGGGGCCCAGGACGUCUUCCUGGGGAGAGGCCCGGCCUGUCGGUGUGUCCUGGUCACCGUGCGCCCAGGCCACCUGCCGCGUCUCAUCGGAGGGAGAAAGGAAGCAGAAGCGACGCACACCUGGGUCCCGGCCUUUCCCUCUGGGGCUGGCGCGGCGCUGCUGCGGAGAGGGGCUGGUCGGCGCCCGGCAGGGCUGCUGGCAGAGUGCGCUGAGCGCUUUACAAGGUGCGGAAGAGGCUCACCCCUGAGGUCGGGAGCAGAUGGAGUGAUGGGGCGCUGUGCUGCCCUCGGAUCCUUUCUCUGAGUUCUCUGUCCUGCACCAGCCCUCAGGCGUGACCCCCAUGGUUGGCUCACUCCUCAGCCUCGAUCUCUCGUUUCCUACUGGGUCCACCCAGCGAGAGCCCGGAGGUGGGAGGGGAGAGGACAGAGAUUAAAGGGAUU